CCGGCCCACGACGGAGACCGCCGCCGCCUCGUCCUGCUUCUCCGCUGAGGUGCCGCGCGGCCGGGCAGAGCGUCCAGGCCUCCGCCGCGCGGCCGGGGCCUCCGGGGCCCGCCGGGCUCAGCAUGCCCGGGGUGAAGCUGACCACCCAGGCCUACUGCAAGAUGCUGCUGCACGGCGCCAAGUAUCCGCACUGCGCCGUCAAUGGGCUGCUCGUGGCGGAGAAGCAGAAGCCGCGCAAGGACCACCUGCCGCUCGGCGGCCCGGGCGCCCCCCACACGCUCUUCGUGGACUGCAUCCCCCUCUUCCACGGCACGCUGGCCCUGGCGCCCAUGCUGGAGGUGGCCCUCACCCUGAUUGACUCAUGGUGCAAAGAUAACAGUUAUGUGAUUGCUGGUUACUAUCAAGCUAAUGAACGUGUAAAGGAUGCCAGCCCCAACCAGGUGGCAGAGAAAGUGGCCUCCAGAAUUGCCGAGGGCUUCGUGGACACCGUGCUCAUCAUGGUGGACAACACCAAGUUCACCAUGGACUGUGGAGCGCCAACAAUCCACGUGUAUGAGCACCACGAGAACAGGUGGCGGUGCCGAGACCCUCACCAUGACUACUGUGAGGACUGGCCGGAGGCACAGAGGAUCUCGGCGUCGCUUCUGGACAGCCGGUCCUACGAGACGCUCGUGGACUUCGACAACCACCUGGAUGACAUUCGCAAUGACUGGACAAACCCAGAGAUCAAUAAGGCUGUCCUGCACCUGUGCUAGGCGAAGUCGGAGCUGCUUUCGGGUCACCAAGAGGAAGCCCGUUUUCCAUGGAGUGGGCGCGCCCCAGCCUGGUGCAGAGCCACAGUAGCCUGUGCUGGGGUGGGCGCCUGCACCUGCUGCCACGCAGGGCCGAGAGAGGCGCACAGCCGCCCUGGGGGCUCACGCAGUCCUGCGUUGUUGUCAGCUUCCAAAUCAGUGCUGUUCCUGCUUGUCCGAGAUUGUUCCUAUUAAAGUUUUAACCUUUUAUAAUCUGAAGAGAAUACUUUUUAAGGCUUAUGAACUAUUAAAAACAAAGCCCAUAUCUUA